AUGGCUAAGCCAGAAAUUCUCACCGGUAGCCAGAGUAUGAACAGCAUCCUGAAUAGCCCUUUGCUUAAAAAAUCUGGCUCAACCAAUUUCCGGGUAAAAAAAUUACUCGAUCCAGAUUAUUCCGAUUUCCUAAACUCACUGAGUAAUUUGCCAAAGCCCGAAAACGAGGUAAUGAUUUUAAACCGCAAAAAAUGUUAUGCAUGCUCACCUGGGCAUAAAAGGGCUGCCUCAUUUCAAGGAAUGUUGCAAUGCAAGUUGAGAGACGAGAUGCCUUAUUAUGUUUUUAGCAUCGAAAAUACAACGGAUAUCUAUGCUGCUAGCCUGUUGAAAGUCGAGCCAUCAGGUGAUAAUGGUUUUGACUAUAUUUACGAUUUCUGCUCCAAUGUAAAAAGAAAGAAAGAACUUGGUGAUCAAGAAAUCGAGCUUCAAAGCCUUUGCACGAUGAAAGUUUCGACCUCGAUCACGUUAUGUCCGAAUAGUUCAACGGAAGUUAAGGAGACUAGGUUUGUUGUGUCUCUUUCUAGUGAGGAUCGUUGUAUAAAUGAGCUGAAAAUCUCGCAUCAUUAUAGGAAAAGGAGGCAAAGAUUGGUGAGUAAGGUGACAAAAGUUUUCAGAUCAUUUGACCAGAGAACUUCUGGUGCCAUUUUCGAGGAUUCUACUUGGGACCCAUGUGAAAGUGAAAACGAGUAUGUGCAGAAGCUAGAAAUCGCUGCCAUUAUAGUUAAGGACACGUUCAAGAAUAAUAGUAGUGAUGAGGAUAUCAUCGGUGGGUGGGGGUUGAAGUUCUUGAAAAAAUGGGGAAAGGAUAUGCCGUUAAAGACGAUUUUGCCCAUGGGGAAUUGCUCAACAAGUUUUGAUGUUUUGAUUCCAGCUGGUAUUCAUGGUGGGCCGAAAACGGGAGGAAUUGGGCCUGCAAAUCUCGUCGAGAGGUGGAUUUCCGGUGGCGUUUGUGACUGUGGCGGCUGGGAUUUGGGCUGCCCACUAAAGGUUCUCAACAUGAGGCCCACUGGUGCAAAUUCGUAUAGUAUGGGGGACUGCAAGUCAAUUGAUCUAUUUAUGCAGGGACCAAAACAAGAUGUGCCAAUAUUCAGAAUGACAAUGAUUCAGGAUGGUUUGUACUGUAUCCAUUUCCAGACGACUCUGUCUACUUUGCAGUCGUUCGCCAUUGCUGCUGCAAUUAUUCAUACUCAAAGUCUUGUUCAUCGGUAG